AUGCAGGAGCAGCUCUCGUGGCGGAUACUCUUCUGGCUCGAUGCUGCAGUCAACCUCGGGAUGCCCAUCCCGGUGCUGCUCUACCCAGGGCGGAGUGCGCGCGCACUCGCAAUCACCUUCGGCGCGGGGUACGUGCCGGCGAAGCAGCCAGAGCUGAUGAGCGACGCGGCGAAGCAGCUCGUGCUGCUGCUCUGGGUGUGCGCUGGCCUCGUCUUCGUGAUAGGCUUGAUGGCGCUGGCGGCUGCGGUGAGCACCCUCGGCAACGUUUUGUGGUUUCCGUCGAAAUGGGGCGAGCACCCAGAGUACGAGAACUCGGUCGGCGGGUUUGGCGGCGGGAUGAACUAG